AUUACCUUUCACAAGUGGAUUAGCUACUAGGCGCAAUACACGAGUCAUGAGUGAGACCAGCCCCUCACCUUUCGUUUUACAGAAGUAGGGUUAGCUAAUUUUAUAAAUAGAGACUCCACUCUCCCAUCCCUGCAGUAACAAGUUUAAGAGUGGGUCCCCACGCCGACGCAUACCUGUCUUAAAUCAUACAUAUAUUUUAUUCAUUAACUUCCCCUUGCCGAUGUUAACAUAAGCCUACCUUGUAAGAAAUCUUUAAUUGUUAGUUGAUCCUAAUGGCAUCUGUUUCUUUACCUUUUACAUCUGUUCAUCUGCAAUGUCAGGCUAUUGUCCGGCCGGUUAGAGCCUCAGUGUCGGGGAAGCCAUCCGUAUCAGAGCCGCCCGUGACGACGCUUUCCGAAAAGCUUCCGCUGAAGAAAAUCCCAGGGAAUUAUGGGAUUCCUUUUGUUGGUCCAAUCAAAGACCGACUUGACUAUUUCUACAACCAAGGUCGAGAUGAAUUUUUCAAGUCAAAAAUCCAGAAAUACCAGUCAACGGUGUUUCGGACCAACAUGCCACCCGGUCCUUUCAUCUCUCCCGACCCAAAGGUAAUCGCCUUACUCGACGGUAAGAGUUUCCCUGUUCUUUUCGAUGUGUCCAAGAUUGAAAAAAAAGACCUUUUCACCGGUACUUACAUGCCCUCAAUCGACCUCACCGGCGGCUACCGGAUCCUGUCUUAUCUCGACCCUUCCGAGCCAAAACACGCCAAGCUCAAACAACUUAUCUUUUUUCUCCUCAAGUCUAGCGCAAAACGAGUGAUACCUGAGUUUGAAGCUUGUUACACCGAGUUAUACGAUACGUUAGACAAAGAACUUGCCGAGAAAGGCAAAAGCAGUUUUCAGACAGUGAAUGAUCAAGCUGGGUUUAACUUCUUGUGUAGGGCUUUCUUCCGUUCGAACCCGCCUGAUACUAAACUAGGAGAUGACGGUCCAAGUUUGAUUAGUAAAUGGGUAUUUUUCCAACUCGGACCGGUUCUGUCUCUUGGUCUCCCAAAAUAUGUGGAAGAACUUGUAAUCCGUACUUUUCCUCUUCCGCCAUUUCUGGUUAAAAAAGAUUACCAGAGACUUUACGAUUUUUUCUACCACUCAUCUGGUUUCGUUCAAGAUGAAGCUGAGAAACUGGGUAUCUCGCGAGAAGAAGUUUGCCAUAAUCUGUUAUUCGCCACGUGCUUUAAUACCUUCGGUGGCAUGAAGAUUUUCUUCCCCAACAUGCUAAAGUGGAUUAGCAGGGCUGGAGUCAAAUUACAUACUGAUUUAGCACAAGAGAUCAGAUCAGCCAUCAGAUCCAACGGUGGGAAACUCACCAUGGCCGCCAUGGAACAGAUGCCAUUGAUGAAAUCCGUUGUAUACGAAGGGCUCCGGAUCGAACCUCCGGUUCCGUCACAGUACGGGAGAGCAAAGAAAGAUCUCUUGAUCGAGAGCCACGACGCCGUUUACCAGGUGAAAGCAGGGGAGAUGUUGUACGGGUACCAACCUUUUGCAACAAAAGACCCGAAAAUAUUCGAGAAUCCGGAGGAAUUUGUCCCAAACAGGUUCAUGGGUGACGAUGGAGAGAGGCUGUUAAAGCACGUGCUUUGGUCGAAUGGACCCGAAACUGAAGAUCCAACGACGGCAAACAAACAGUGUGCCGGCAAGGAUUUCGUGGUGCUGGUGUCUCGGCUUUUCGUAGUGGAACUGUUCAGACGUUACGAUUCGUUCGAGAUCGAAGUUGGUAAGUCGCCAUUGGGAGCUGCAGUUACUGUAACCUCAUUGAAGAGGGCAAGCUUUUAGGGUUAAAUUAAAUUUCUGGAUUUGUUAAGGGUAAAAUUGGCCCCAAAAAAAGAAUCCGUUUGUGCGCAUAUUUUUGGGUAUAUUGCAAGAGAAGUUGAUUUAAUAUACGUGGAGAUUUGAAUACUUUUAUUAUUUUAA